AAGUAAUGAAAACAUUUACAGUCGGAAAUUCGUCGUCUUAGCUUUUGGUUGCCAACAAGUGGUUUUUCUUUUAGAUUUUCGAUCAUCACCAAACAUGGGUUUCACAACAAUCGUAAUUGCCUUGUUCAUCUACAUCAUCUGGGAUGUCAACUACUUUAUCAGAUGCGUCUUUACACUCGGUUUUGCACAAUUCUUCCAGCGAAAACGAAAAAUCAGUGAAAUGACAUCGAUUUAUGGUCUCUGCACAACCCAAGACGUCGACAUCUUCAUCCGUCACAUGAACAACGCCCGCUAUGUCCGAGAACUUGAUUUUGCACGAUUCCACUACUAUGGUCUAACUGGAAUCUAUUCAGAAAUUAAAAGCAUGGGUGGUGGAGCUGUUCAAGGAGCCAGUUCCGUUCGUUAUCGUCGUACAAUUCCAAUCUUUAACUUCUAUAAAAUCACAACUGAGCUCAUCUGGUGGGACGAGAAGGCAAUUUACUUACAGCAGAAGUUCAUCACAUUUGAUGGCUUUGUUAGAGCAAUAGCAAUGUCAAAGCAAAAUAUCACAAAAGUUAAUGUUAUGGAUUUGAUGAAGAAAUUUGAGGGUGGACAGAAGCGACCAGAACAGCCAGAAGAACUGAGAAUGUGGCUUGAGGCUCUUGAAGUUGCCAGUAAGAAGCUGAGGAAGGAUGAUUAGAAUAAGGAUUUUUUUAUAGGUUUUUGGUAAUAAUUUUUGUAAUACUCAAGUCUUUGGAUGUUACGGGUGCUGUAGGUUGUUUUUGA